CCUGCUUUCCCUUAUCAGUAGCCAGCUGGUGGGAACCCUUCCUAAGUUCAUAAGUUGAGUGAGAUGCAGGGUGAAAAGAGUUUUAAACUAGGCUGACCUGAGCGGGCCGGAGAGGGUCUCAUGACUCUGUGCUUAGAAUUAUAUCAGCCCACCUGGAUUUGCGUCUGCUGAGGCAUGAACUUGGCAGGGGAUCUUGGGCAAGGAGAGGCUCCCACUCAGCCUCAGCUGAAUGGCCAGGGCUGGUUGGACGAUGCAAGCUUGGGCGGGGAGCCCUCUUCUCAUUCCUCUUGCUAUGGAAAAGCAAAAGAGAACUUUUCCCUUUGUGAACUGUUUGUAUAAAAAUGAUAUAUGGAAACUUUACAUGAGACCCAGAACCGUAGUCACACUGUCUGCCUAAGGAGACCUGGGUCCAGAUUCUCCUUCAGCCGCGGGGCUCCCUGCGUGGAUCUGGCGUCAGGCAGGUUAUCGUGAGGCAAAACUCCGAGGAGGAGGAGAACGGCACACAGAGCGGGACAAAGUGUCCAUGCAGGGAAACCAGCAAGGCCCUUGAGAGGCAAUGCCAGCCCCAGAGGCCAUCUGCCAGGCACCUGAAGGCAUUCCGUGCAGGACUCGGAGAGGGGACGCUGUGCACGCCACCCUGUGCAUAUGGCCACACACCGGGCAGGUCUGCAGCAGUUGUGAAGGCCCAGUUCGUCUCUAGGUCCCUCCUGAGGGCAGGAGCUCGUCCCAACAAGGCACCCUCUGCCUGUCGAGGUGCUACUGGGCUGCCUCCCUACUUACUCACCUGCAGCCUCUGCUGCACCUCCCUCGGCGUAGACCUCGCAUCUCCUGGCAAGGAAGGCACAAGCAUUGCGUGCCAGAGGCCAAGGAGGGGCCCCACCCAAGGCUUCAUGCAAACAGAGGCUGCCACACGGAUCACAGAGCUGCCGGUGUGACUCUGCUGUUUCUGCUGGGCUAGUCUGGACGUUUUUGGCCACCCAUGGAGCUGGGAGAAAGUCUUUUCCUCUUGCUGGUGGUUUGCCUUUCAGCCCUGACCCUCAUCUCACAAUGGAGUCAAAUGGCUCAGAGGAGGCAUCUGCCCCCAGGCCCCACACCGCUCCCCAUUCUGGGCAACUUACUGCAGCUGAAGGCUCAUGACAUGCUAGGCUCAUUCAAGAAGCUGAGAGACCAGUAUGGGCCGGUGUUCACUGUCCACUUGGGACCCCGGCGGGUGGUGGUCCUGUAUGGAUACAAGGCCAUCAAGGAAGCCCUGGUGGACCAUGCCGAGGAGUUCAGUGGGAGAGGACACUUGGCUACAGUGGACGACUUUGUCCAAGGCUUUGGGGUUGCUUUUGCUAAUGGGGGCCGCUGGAAGCAGCUCCGCCGGUUCACCCUCAGCACCUUGAGGAAUUUCGGGAUGGGGAAGCGCUCCAUCGAAGAGCGGAUCCAGGAGGAGGCCCAGUUCCUGCUGGAGGAAUUCAGAAAAACCAACGGCCUGCCCUUCGACCCCACCUUCUUCCUGAGCCGCUCCAUCUCCAACGUCAUCUGCUCCAUCGUCUUUGGCCAGCGCUUUGAUUACGAAGACCGAGACUUCCUGAGCUUGCUGGCCAAGAUCAACGAGAACUUUGUGGUGAUGAGUGCCACCUGGGGCCAGCUCUAUGAGAUGUUCUCCGGGGUGAUGAGCUUCCUGCCGGGCCCUCACAAGAGACUCUUCCGGAACCUGGAUGACAUCUACGCCUUUGUGGCCGAGAGGGUCAAAGUGAACGAGGCAUCGUUCGAUCGGGAGAACCCGCGGGACUUCAUCGACUGUUUCCUGAUCGAGAUGGAGAAGGAGAGCAAAAACCCCGCAAGUGAGUUUCACCUCAAGACGUUGAUCAUGACCGUUCUCAACCUGUUCAUUGCCGGGACAGAGACUGUGAGUUCCACGCUUCGGUUUGGAUUCCUGAUUCUGAUGAAAUAUCCAGAGGUGCAAGCCAAAGUGGUGCAAGAGAUUGAGGACGUUAUUGGGAGGGGCCGCAUGCCGGCAGCGGAGGACCGAGCCCGGAUGCCGUACACGGAUGCCGUGAUCCACGAAAUCCAGCGAUUUGCCGACGUCAUCCCCAUGAACCUCCCUCGGGCCCUGGCCCGUACAGCGCAGUUCCGAGGCUACACCCUGCCCCAGGGCACUGAUGUCUUCCCUUUGCUGACCUCUGUGCUGAAAGACCCGGACUGUUUCAGCAAUCCCGAGAACUUCAACCCAGGACACUUUUUGGACGAACAAGGUCACUUUCGGAAGAAUGAUGCCUUUAUGCCCUUCUCUACAGGGAAAAGGAUCUGUGCCGGGGAGGGCUUGGCCCGCAUGGAGCUCUUCCUCUACCUGACUUCUCUCCUGCAACAUUUCACUCUGGCGUCUCCUGUAGACCCCCAGGAGCUCGACCUCACUCCACCUGUGAGCGGAUUCGCCAACAUCCCUCCCACCUACCAGCUCUGUGCUGUUCCACGCUGAGGGAGGAGUGGCCGAGAAGGCUGCUGUUGAAAAGCCCCUCGAGGCUCUUAGUUCCAUUUUAAACUGUUCUUACUCUGUAAAACUGUUUUGUUUUUAUUCUGUUUUUAUGUUUGUUGUAUUUUCAAAUCAUGCAUACUACCUAGGGGCACACAUAUCAGGCAGUAUAUAAAUGUGAUAAAAUAAAUAGCAACACAACCA